CAGCAUUCUAACGAGUUAAUGCCAAGCCAUAGGUAGCAAUAAGCGUUAUUCUUCAUAUGGUAAUAAUUUCUAUGUUUGGAACUCUGUAGUUUUUAACUGGAACAACAGAUUAAUGAAUACUUUCACUUUUUAUUGAUGUGUAAAAAUCUGAUUGCAGCACUUUGAUCUGUGCCAAAUUAAUAAAAACUCUGGAUUUAUAAUAACAUAACAAUUUUGAAAAUGAUGCAUUUAUUACAUUUCAGGCAAUGGUUUCCUCUACAGGAUGAAUAAAAACAAGGCUAGUUUCUAACAUUGUAAUGGAAGAAGAAACUGAAACCCAAACCAGUUUCACUCCUGCCCUUGUCAACUUUAACUCAUCAUUUUCGCCAUCUUACUUCAACAGAAGCAAUAUGACUCAGCUUAUACCUCACUUCGGGUUUCAUGAAGAUGAAAUUACUUUUGAAAAGGUGUUUGAAAUCUAUGUUGUGCCUGUAUUAGUGGUGAUUGGUACUAUUGGAAACAUCCUCAUCUUGAUUACCGUGCGUCAGAAGAAUAUGUGCAACUGGUCCAUAUGUUUCUAUCUUGGCGCAUAUGCAGUUGUGAAUAUCAUCAUCCUUGUGCCUAUGUCUGGGUUCGAGUGGCUGUGCAAAGUGACUGGAACAAAGUAUGUUACAGAACUGAGCGACUGGACAUGCAAAUUGUGGCAAUUUGUCAUGGGGGUUUCAAUCUAUUCUGGGAUUUGGUUUAUGUACGCGAUGCUGGUUGACCAGUAUAUAGUUAUCUGGUUACCGCACAAGGCACAGUCACUGUGCACUAUAUUCAUGGCAAAGUUUGCAACCGUGAUCAUUGUCAUUGGCCUUGUUGUGGUCAGUAUCCAUGCUAUAUGGACGUAUGAACUAUUCACCAAUGGGUGUUUUGUGUCACCGGAACAAGGCGACAUUCUCACGGUGGUAUGGCCGUGGGUAUCUUUGAGCUGUUAUUGUAUUAUACCUCUUGUUCUCAUCAUAAUCUUUAUAAUUCUCGUCAUAUAUGGAUCUUUCACAAAAAACACUUGGAAGAAAUCGUCCAGUAAUUAUCAAGUACCCAUUGACAUCACCUUUAUGACGGUUGCUCUCUCGAUAUUUUAUGUCAUUUUUGUAGCGCCAGCCACUGUUCUCAACAUUAUGGAGAUAAAUUUACCCACAUCAUGGCUGCACGAUCCAGAAUUCUAUAAAGCCAUAAUGGUUGCUGUCACAGUUGGUGACUUACUUACUUUUCUCAAUCCAACAUUUGCUUUUGUAAUAUGCGUGUCUUUCUCGUCCACAUUUCGAUUAGAGUUACAAGAAAGGAUAAGAAGUUUGUGCUGCGAGAAUGUGAUUCGUGUAUAUGAAAUGCAAGUGAAUGCAGCCAGUGGUAUAGGAAAUGAUCCUGAAGACUGCUCCGAGACCACACCUUUGUAAACACAAUUGUGUAACAUUCAGAGAAAGGAUUCAUAAUACUUUUACAUGCAGGAGGAAAUUCACAGCUUAAUUACCAUACCCAUAAAACAAUGCAUUCCUGUAUAAAACAAAGACUUGUCUGACAGCAAAUUAACCUGAUUUUAGAAUUAAAUGACAAUGUAAAAGGUUUACAAGGGUAUUGAAGUAUUAUUUAAUGGACAACCUAAUUUGAAAAGGGGCCAUAAAUCUGUGAAAACUUGAUGCAUUGUAACUGAAAUUGAAUUUAACCCAACAGUAUAAUAUGAUUCUAUGUCAGCGUAUCAAACCGAAUUCAAUCCAUUCAUCCUUUGAAGAGUUAGAAACCAAAAGGGGCCAUAACUAAGCCGAAAAAUUAGUGGAUUAUACCAGAAAUCAAACUCUGGCUUUGUUUUAUAAUCAUGUACAAAAAUGAAUUCAAUCCAUUUAUCCUUUCUGAAAUGCUAAAUUUCUGAAAUGGACUGGUCUAUCAUUCAAUUUGGACAACACCAUUUAUUAUUUAAAGGGGUGUUCACUGAAAAGUUACACUGUCUGAAUAGCGAACAGUGCAGACCAUAUCAGCCUGCACGGCUGAUCUUGGUCUGCACUGGUCGCAAAGGCAGAAUCAUUUGCCUCCAGCAGGCUAAAGGUUAAAUAGCUUCAUAGACAUUUGAUUUAACAGUUUUGGACAAAACAGCUAUUUUCUGGGUAUAUGAAUGUGUGGGUUUAAAAUGUUGAACAUAAAAUCUUGUUCAUUGGGAUUUUAUUUCGAGAAAUGACUCAACCAUGAACUCCAGGAAAAUUAGUUCUCAUAAAUAUCUAUGAUUUCACAGUAUAAUUUUAGAUACAUGUCUGGUCGAUUUAUUUUUUAAACUGUUUUAACAAUUUCAUAUUCUUUUCUCAAUUGUUAUACCAAAUCUCCGUACAUCCAAAGAGAACAAAUCCUAAAUUAGAAGCCCUUGAGUGGUAGUCAACCUUUUUGAAAAAAUACCAUUCAUUAUGCAUACUUCACAAAUGUGCACAUUAUGAAAAUCAUCAUUGAUCGAAAUUUUCAAAUGUUUAAAAAGGGCAUUUUUAAAGUCCUUAAGAGUAAUUUCAUUUUUACAUAUUGUGUACAUAAACCAUAUCUGUAACCCUUAUGCCUCUUAUUAAUGUACAUUGAAAGUGCAUUUGAUGCAAUUGUUUUUCUUAUUUCUCUGUUCUCUCAAGGUUGUACAUUGUAUAUACAAAUGCUGCAUAUUAUAUAAUUUAUUAAAACAAUUUCUCAAAAGCUAGCCAGUGAAUUAUACCAGAACAAUGUAUGAUUGGUUUCUCAAAAGCUAGCCAGUGAAUUAUACCAGAAUAAUUUAUGAUUGGAAAAUUGUCCUUUUUUUCAAUUAACAAUUUUUACUAUUUAUAACAGAUUUUUUUUUAUGAACUGAAAAAGCCUUUUUUCAAUAACAUUUUUUAACAUUAUCUCAGAGAACAAGCACUGACUUGUCUUGACAUUCAAAUGUCACUUUCUAUUCCUUGCUGUGAUAUCUAUAAUCUCUAUAUAGAUUUGAUAAUUAUGUUAGAGCUUAUUUCAUUGUUGAAGAAAUUCUCCUUGUAAAUUGACAUUUUACUCAUCUAACAAUAAAAAACAUUUUGUUAUAAAUUAUUUGAUGAAGUACUUUUCAUUGUCAAUAUGUCUGUGUAAAGGAAUAAAUUUGACAAAUUUA